GAGCGCAGAGUGGGUGUGUCCGAGGCGGGGCGCGCAGGUCCAAGUAGGUGCGACUGUCCCGGGCCGUCGGCUCCGGGGCGCUGGUGGAGAGGUCAGGCUGGCGGGGCAUCGGCCCGCGACGGCGGGUCAUGGCGGCGGGCGACCGGCUGGAGGACAGUUCCUUGGAUAUCCUACAAAGUAUGGAUGACGACCCACUUCUGGAUACCCAGCCUCUCCCACACCACUCUCUCCAAGCUCACUUUAGACCCAGAUUCCAUCCUCUUCCCACGGUCAUCAUAGCGAAUCUUCUGUUGCUUAUACAUGUCGUGUUUGUUAUUUUAGCAUUUUUAACGGGUGUGCUGUGUUUGUACCCUAAUCCAAAUGAAGACAAGUGCCCGGAAGACUAUACCAACCCGUUGAAGGUUCAGACAGUCAUAAUCCUUGGGAAAGUUAUCCUGUGGAUUCUGCAUUUGCUUUUUGAACGCUAUAUCCAGUAUCACCACAGGAAAGUCAGGCGCAGAGGUUAUUCGCAAAUCUACCGGUCUACGAGGCAUCUCAAGACACUGGCCCUCACGAUCCACUCUUCUGGUAACACAGCCCUCCUCCUCCUCCUUUGUGUGCAGCACUCUUUCCCUGAGCCCAGCAAGCUGUACCUUGAGCUGAUUCUGGCUGUCCUGGCCCUGGAGCUGAUCUGUUCCCUGAGCUGCCUGACCCUCUAUAUAGUGAAGAUUAGGAGAUUCAACAGAGCCAAGCCACAGCCUGAUGUACUUGAAGAAGAAAAAAUUUAUGCUUACCCCAGCAAUACUGCCUCAGAGACUGGCUUCAGGACUAUUUCAAGCCUAGAAGAAAUUGUUGAAAAGCAAGAGGACAUAAUUGUCUACCUGAAGCGACACAAUGCUCUGCUGAGUAAGCGAUUGUUGGAGCUGGCAACUCAGCCAGCCAGGACACGAGAGGCUCAUGGGCAUGACAGCCACUGAGUCCACAGUGACUGCAGACUGCCUGGCUGCAUGGUUGCCACAGGAAACCUCAGCCUUUGCCGAAGUCACAUUCACAGUGUGUGCUGGGAACCUGAAUCCAGUUCUACCUUUGUAGAACUCUAUAUGUCCCAGAGAUGGUGACGGGCCUCUGAGUGGUUUAUAAAGGUCUGGAAAACCUGA